UGUCGCACACACUCUUCACUAAAGCGCCUUUGCUGCGCAAUGUAGCCCAGCGCUCAAUCCCGCGUCAGUUCCGCGCUUCAUACCAUAGACAAUCAUCUCCCAAGAUGGCGUCGGGUGCAGCACCCAUCCGCACACUACUCCGCCAGACAACCCUCCGCGCAAGCGCAAUAGCAGCGCAACGCACAUCCUAUCCCGCAACCCAGCAGUUCUCAUACCAGACCUAUACGCAACAACGCUCACGAUCACCCUCACCCCCCCCGCCAUACCAAGCACGCAACACAUCCAUCCUAGCCGCACCAAACCAAUGGACGCGCUUCACUACGCCCUACAAUACUCUUUCCUCCGUGCGCACCUUCACCUCUACAUCAUGCGGUAAAUUUGCGUCCGCCAACUCCUCAGCUCCUUCCUCGCUAUCGCCAGAAACACAACAAGCGGUCGAUGAAGCGAUAGAGGAGAUACAGGAACUGUACGGCACAGCCAAAGACGAGUUCGAAAUUGCGUCUGAAGAGAGCGAGAAGAAUACUACGUAUGCUCCUGAUGAUCGAGCUGCGGCAAGAGAGGAGUUGGAUAAGCUGCUCGAGUAUUACAAGGGUGUUGUUGAUGGGCAGGAUAGGGCGGUUGCGGAUGAGGUAAAGAGGAGGGUCGGACAGAGGAUCCGAGAGUUGGAGAAUGCAGUGUUGGCUAUGGAGGAGGCUGCUACACAUGGCGAUUAAAAUCUAGUAUAUUUCUUUGCGUACUUCCCAUUCAAAGAGGCAUCUGUACGUUACAGCGGAGGCUGCUCAAGGCUGUUGUACUAUAUUUUUAGAGUCAACUCCAAUUCAUCUUCGUGAAACGUUGAAUCGUCGUGGUCAUUUCAUAUUAUAUAGAACGCUAGUUAUAACAUAACUCCAAAACGCCAUACUGUUCCGUAUUC